AUGGGCUGCCUGCGACAUCAUUGUCAAAGUGGUAAUUGUCACCUCACCGAGUUAUACCUGGAAGACAACCAAAUAACUGAUCAAGGUGUAUCAUACCUGAGUAAUGCACUUCAAAGUGGUAAUUGUCACCUCACCGAGUUAUACCUGGAAGACAACCAAAUAACUGAUCAAGGUGCAUCAUACCUGAGUGAUGCACUUCAAAAUUGUAAUUGCCAUCUCACCAAGUUAGAUCUGGCGGAUAAUGAAAUAACUGAUCAAGGUGUAUCAUACCUGAGUGAUGCACUUAAAAGUGGUAAUUGUCACCUCACCGGGUUAUACCUUGAAUACAACGAAAUAGCUGAUCAAGGUGCAUUAUCCCUGAGUGAUGCCCUUCAAAGUGGUAAUUGCCAUCUCACCAAGUUAGAUCUGGCGGAUAACGAAAUAACUGAUCAAGGUGAAUCAUACCUGAGAUAUGCACUUCAGAGUGAUAAUUGUCAUCUCACCAAGUUACACCUUGGAAGUAAUCAAAGAACUGAUCAAGGUGCAUCAUGCCUGACUGAUGGACUUAAAAGCGUGAAUUGUCACUUCACCAAGUUAUACCUGGUAGACAACUAAGUAACUGAUCAAUAACUGAGUGAUGCACUUAAAAGUGGCAAAUGUCAUCCCAUGGAGUUAGACUUGGGAAGUAACCAAAUAACUGAUCAAAGUGCAUCCUACCUGGGUGUGAUAACAGUAUCUACUGUAUAAGAAAGUAUAGAUAGAUAGAUAGAUAGAUAGAUAGAUAGAUAGAUAGAUAGAUAGAUAGAUAGAUAGAUAGAUAGAUAGAUAGAUAGAUAGCUUUAUUAAAUCCUUUGCAGCCAUAAAGCUGGAUAACGGACAAUUACAAAAAAAUAGGCAAUAAAUAUAUAUAUAAUAAUGUAUGAAAAAUUAAGGAUUGAAAAAUUGAAUUACUUAAAAAGCUAAGAUAUAAAUAUAUUGUAUAUGUUUAAAAAUUUGAAAAAUGGUUAAUACUAUUGAAUAUAAUAAAACUUUGUUUAAAUCUAUUUGUACGACAAAUUGGUGUGUUGAAUGUUCGCCUCCUCCUGAGGGCUAUGUUGGUGGACUUGCGCGGAGGUAAUAGGCUAUACAGCUUAUGGUUACUGUCAUCAUUAAUUUCUUUGAAGAGCUGCUCUGUCAGGUCUUUGCGCCGUUGGUGAAGGGUCGUCAUGCUGUGUUCAUUAAGAGCUUGCUCAUAGUUCAGGGCGGGUGAGAUUAUCUUAAGAGCUCGUCGCUGAAUUGUUUCUAGCUCUUCAGAGAGGUAGCGAGGAAGACCAUCAUGGAAARUCUGGCACGCAUAUUCUGUUACAGGUCUGAUACAGGUUUUGUAGAAACACAUCAGUUGGUCAGGAACGGCGUUAGMACGUUUAAGCUGUCUUAAUUGGUAGAGCMUGGAUGCACAUUUUUUGGUGACGUUCUCAAUAUGGGCAUUCCACUUAAGAUUGUUUGAGAUUGUAAGGCCUAGGAGCUUUGCACUAGGUACGAC